AUGCGGCAGCUACUGGUGGCCUCGCUGCGCUCACGGGGGCCCUGCGGUGUCUCCAACCGGGGCCCCCCAAAGGGCGUCCUUACGUCUUCCUUUAUUUCUGGCAUUCGCCGUUUUAGCAGCGGCCAGAAAGGGGCCGCAUUCCGCAGCGCUUUAAAGACACUCGAGGGCACACAGAAGGCGUACUAUGACCUUACAGCAUUCGGGGGGGAACGCUACGAGGCGCUGCCAUUUUCUGUGCGGAUUUUGUUAGAGUCCGCCGUGCGGAACUGCGACGGCUUCCGGUGGGUCUUAGCCAUUGCAGCAGUCGGUGUGCCUGCUGUGGUGGAUUUGGCUGCGAUGAGGGACGCGAUGGCCCGCCUAGGCGGCGACCCGCGCUUGAUCAAUCCGUUGGUGUCCGUGGACUUAGUGGUGGACCAUUCGGUGCAGGUGGACUUCAGCCGCUCGUCUGCGGCUCUGCAGAAGAACCUCGAAAAAGAAAUGCAGCGAAACAAAGAACGCUUCGCUUUCCUCAAGUGGGGCAGCAAGGCAUUCGACAACAUGCGCAUCGUGCCCCCCGGAUCCGGGAUUGUGCACCAGGUUAACUUGGAGUUCCUGGCCUCCGUCGUCAUGACGAACCGCAACAGCAGCAACUGCAGCAGCAGAGCCAGCAGCAGCGAUUUGGAAGUGUUGUAUCCUGAUUCUGUCGUCGGGACGGAUUCGCAUACGACGAUGGUGAAUGGGUUGGGCGUGUUGGGUUGGGGAGUUGGAGGUAUUGAAGCGGAGGCGGUGAUGUUGGGGCAGCACAUCUCGAUGGUGUUGCCUGAGGUGGUUGGCGUUCACUUGACAGGGCAGCUGGGCCCGAUGGUGACAGCCACCGACCUGGUGCUGACCCUCACAGAGAGGCUUAGGCGCAAAGGAGUCGUUGGGAAGUUCGUCGAGUUUUUCGGCCCAGGACUCCAACACCUAUCCCUUGCAGACAGGGCCACGGUUUCCAACAUGGCUCCAGAAUACGGGGCCACCUGCGGCUUCUUCCCAGUGGACGAGCAGUCGCUGUUGUAUUUGCGUAUGACGGGUCGUCCUGCUUCCCACGUGGAUCUAGUGGAGCAUUACACCAAGGCAAACAAACUGUUUGCUGCAGCACCAGCACCGAAGCCAUCACCUGGAGCUGGAGAAGGAGCAGGGGCUGAAGCAUCUUCUCGCAUUGCGUACUCCGAUGUGUUGGAAUUGGACUUGAGUGAUGUGCAGCCUUGUGUGGCGGGGCCGAAACGUCCUCAAGACCGCGUGGGGGUUUCUGAUGUUAAGAGGGACUUUCGAUUGUGUUUGCAGCAGCCUGUCGGAUUUAAAGGUUUUGGUUUGUCGGAGGCUCAGCAGCAGCAGGUGGUGCGUUUUCAGUUUCGAGGAAAGGAGUACGAGUUGAAGCACGGCUCUGUCUGCAUAGCGGCCAUCACCUCCUGCACCAACACCAGCAACCCCGGGGUGAUCUUUGCUGCAGGUCUGUUGGCUAAGAACGCAGUGGCACGAGGGUUGAGCGUUGCUCCUUACAUCGUCACGUCUCUCUCUCCUGGCUCGAAGGCCGUUUCUCAGUAUUUGGAGGAGGCUGGUUUGCUGGAGGCUCUACAGGAGCUGGGCUUUUAUCUCGCCGGCUACGGCUGCAUGACUUGCAUUGGAAACACAGGAGAGUUCGACCGCGAGGUGUCUCAGGCCAUCCAAGAAGGAGACCUUGUGGUCGCUUCUGUCCUAUCUGGAAACCGCAACUUUGAGGGACGCAUACACCCCCUCACCCGCGCUGCCUACCUCGCUUCUCCUCCUCUUGUUGUUGCUUAUGCACUUGCGGGGCGGAUUGACAUCGACUUCGACACCGAACCCAUUGGACAUGACAAAGAAGGCAAGCCCGUCUUUCUCAAGGACUUAUGGCCAACCAGGGAUGAGGUCCAGCCAGUGAUUGAGAAGUAUUUGGGCCCCGACAUGUUUAAGAGAGUUUACAGCACCAUCACGCAAGGGACACCGGAGUGGCAGGCGCUGGAGACGUCGGAUUCCCGUGUUUUGUAUGAUUGGCGCGAUGACUCAACAUACAUUCACAAUCCGCCGUUCUUCAAGACGAUGGAGCGGGCUCUACCGUUGAUCCCGGACAUUCGUUCAGCCUAUUGCUUGUUGAGCGUUGGAGACUCUAUCACCACAGACCACAUCUCCCCUGCAGGCAACAUAGCAAAGGACUCCCCAGCUGCCAAGUACCUUCAAAGCCUCGGAGUUGAACGUAAAGACUUCAACACCUACGGAUCCCGAAGGGGCAACGACGAGGUGAUGGUCCGAGGAACGUUCGCAAAUAUUCGUUUGGUGAAUAAGAUGUGCCCCUCUGCAGGGCCCAAGGCAAUGCAUUUGCCGACCAACGAAAUUUUGCCUGUCUCGGAGGUAGCUGAGCGGUAUCGAGCAGAAGGCCAACCAAUGAUUGUCCUAGCAGGCAAAGAAUACGGCAGUGGAAGCUCCAGAGACUGGGCAGCCAAGGGUCCUUAUUUGCAAGGAGUGAAAGCUGUUAUAGCGGAGUCCUUUGAGCGGAUCCACCGCAGUAAUCUCGUGGGUAUGGGUAUAUUACCUCUGCAGUUUCUAGAGGGGCAGUCUGCGGACACUUUGAAGCUGACAGGGCGGGAGCGCUUUAACAUUGCUUUGAAUGGAGGGCGGCUCGUUCCUGGGUCCAUAGUGCGGGUGUCUACGGACUGCGGGAAAUCUUUUGAGGCGAAGUGCCGCAUCGAUACUGACGUCGAGGUGGAAUAUUUCAGAAAUGGAGGCGCUCUACACUAUGUACUGCGCAACAUGUUGAACAAAAGCUAG